AUGCCAUCAGGGAAGUCCGGUGCUCGCCCGAAAAUCAAGAAGGAGACGGGUUUCAGCGGCGGGAGCGCCAGAGGACAAGCCCCGUCCGCCAUGAUUGACAGGUCACCAAAUUCAGACGAAAAUGGCGGCAGGGAACGACUGCAAGUUAAGACUCCGAAAUAUUCAGGGAAAGCAGACUGGGAGGCCUUCUAUGCCCAAUUUGAACUCCUGGCUGGGGCAGCUGGCUGCCCAGCUGAGAGAGAUGAUUAUGGGGCUUUGGUUGGGGCCCUCCGGAGGCGUUUUGGACAAUGUAGCCAACCCGAUGUCCUGCGCUCAGAGCUGGCUAGCCAACAGAGGUUGACAGGCGAGCCACUCAGGGCGUUGGCUAACGAUAUUGAGACCCUGACAAGACGAGCUUACGCCCAUAUGCCCCCUGAAGUACAGAGUGAGCUGGCCAGGGACCAGUUCAUUCGUGCCCUGGCUCUCAGAGAACUUCGCGCACAGACACAGCUGGCACAUCCUAGAUUCCUGCAGGAGGCACUGGAGCUCGCCCUAGAGAGAGAGGCCGUAGGUUCAGCGUCUGAGAUUGGCCCCAUUGUGAGGACAGCAGUGCGCGAGGAUUCAGGUCAAGAGAGGCCUGCCUGGGUUGCUGAGCUGACAGAACUGAUCCAAGCUGUGACGUUACAACCACAACGCGGCGGUGCCCGCCCACGCCGUGGCCCUCCAGUGUGCUGGACGUGUGGCAAGGCAGGCCAUAUCAGUGUGCGGUGCCCCCAGAACUCGGGCGGUCAGGGAAACGCUCCGGGGUCUGUGUAA